GUAACAGCUAAGAAAAGUCCACUAAAACAUUUCCCUGUGUGCUGGAAAGAGCAAAAGAAGAGUAGAAUUGAAGUGCAGCUUCAUCCCAUUAUGAAGAGCAUCAUCAUCUUCACCCUCUCACUAAUAUCAGGUCCAGUGGGCUGUGUUGUGACUGGCUACUCAGGAGGAAGCAUCAUUAUAAUCUCUGGUGUAAAAUGGUAUUCAGGCAUUAAUAGAUAUAUUUGUAAGAAAGAAAGAACAUCAUGCACUGAUAUAAUACGUACUGACACCACAAAGAAUUCUGUUCAAGAGGGAAGAUUCAUGCUGUAUGAAAAUACAGGAGGAUUUGUGACAGUUUUAAUCAGGGGUCUGGAGCCACAGGAUGCUGGAACUUACAGAAUGGGAGUAGGAAGUCGGGAGACAACUGAUGUGAAUCUGUCAGUUACUAAUGAUUCUUGUUGUCCUGGGCCAAAAACAAUGCAUGCUUUUCCUGGACAGAAUAUCAGCAUCAUCUCUAACUAUCCUGUGGUAUACGACAGAGACUACAAGUAUAUCAUGAAACUUGACAAUGGCAGUAUUUUAAGUGACAUUCUAGAUACUGACACCCAAUCCCAGAACAACAGAUUCUCCAUUUCUGAUGACAGAAAUGCUAAAGUUCUCGGUCUGAGCAUCAGUAAUGUGACAGAAGCUGAUGGUGGAGUUUAUUUAUGUGGAGUCUACAACAGAAUGAACUCAGUACAGUAUUUUUCCUUCUUCACAGAGAUUCAGCUGCAUGUUAGAGAAUCUUCCAGUACCAUGAUCAUCAUCAUCAUCAUUGUGUGUGUCUGUGUGGCUCUGCUGCUGAUUGGCGGAUUUACACUGAUGGCCUACAAAAUGAGACACAUGAGAACACAAGAUUCAGCACCUUCAUCCAAAGACAAUGAACAGGUUCACCCUGGUCAAUGCAUUUACGAGGAGAUUGAUCAGACCACACAUGUUUCUGUAACAGACACCGAACUUUAUAUGGAUGUUACAUCACACAGUCCUGAUACACAGAUCUCCUCCACGGUACCACCACAAGAACAAAAUCUCACUUACACCACUGUGAGUUUCCAGAAGAAUCCAGAUGAUGCUGCAAUCACCUUCAGAAAGGAGGAAUCUACAACUGAGUACGCCACUGUCCAGCACACCUCAACAGUGGAAUAAUUUGAUUAUGCUUUCACCAAAAUGUGCUUUCAACAAAAUAUUUGUUCUUUUUUUGGUCUGUUUGUUAGUGUUGUCAAAUAACAAAUAAAUGCCACCUGCUAUGACAUUAAAUGUGUUA